GUUGGCAGCCUCGAGAUGGGGAAGAUGGCGGCUGCUGUGGCUUCAUUAGCCACGCUGGCUGCAGAGCCCAGAGAGGAUGCUUUCCGGAAGCUUUUCCGCUUCUACCGGCAGAGCCGGCCGGGGACAGCGGACCUGGGAGCCGUCAUCGACUUCUCAGAGGCGCACUUGGCUCGGAGCCCGAAGCCCGGCGUGCCCCAGGUGGUCAGGUUUCCUCUGAAUGUGUCCUCUGUCACUGAGCGUGAUGCCGAGAGGGUGGGACUUGAACCUGUGAGCAAGUGGAGGGCCUAUGGACUCGAAGGCUAUCCUGGAUUUAUUUUCAUUCCAAACCCCUUCCUCCCGGGAUGCCAGAGGCACUGGGUAAAACAGUGCCUUAAGUUGUACUCCCAGAAACCUAAUGUGUGUAACCUGGACAAGCACAUGACUAAAGAAGAGACCCAAGGACUGUGGGAACAGAGCAAAGAGGUCCUAAGGUCUAAAGAAGUGACUAAGCGAAGACCCCGAAGUUUACUAGAGAGACUGCGUUGGGUCACCCUGGGCUACCAUUAUAACUGGGACAGUAAGAAAUACUCAGCAGAUCAUUAUACACCUUUCCCUUCUGACCUGGCUUUCCUCUCAGAGCAAGUCGCCACUGCCUGUGGAUUUCAGGGUUUCCAAGCAGAAGCAGGGAUCCUGAAUUACUAUCGCCUAGACUCCACACUGGGAAUCCACGUGGACAGAUCUGAGCUAGAUCACUCCAAACCCUUGCUGUCCUUCAGCUUUGGACAGUCUGCCAUCUUUCUCCUGGGUGGCCUCAAGAGAGAUGAAGCCCCCACCGCCAUGUUUAUGCACAGUGGUGACAUCAUGGUAAUGUCGGGUUUCAGCCGCCUGUUAAAUCAUGCGGUCCCUCGAGUCCUUCCACAUCCUGAUGGGGAGUGCCUGCCUCACUGCCUGGAGACACCUCUCCCAGCUGUCCUCCCUAGCAACUCAUUGGUUGAGCCCUGUUCUGUGGAGGACUGGCAGGUGUGUGCCACCUACCUGAGAACUGCUCGAGUUAAUAUGACUGUGCGUCAGGUACUGGCCACAGGCCAGGACUUUCCUUUAGAACCCGUGGAAGAGACAAAAAGAGACAUUGCUGCAGAUGGUUUGUGCCAUCUGCAUGACCCGAAUAGCCCAGUAAAACGAAAAAGGUUAAAUCCUAACAGCUAAAACUUAGGGGCUAGAUUCUCUUACUCAGUCAGGCUUUUGUUGCCACACACAGGGACAGGAAGAAGUAAGUCAUCUAUGAUGUUGCUGCCUUGGGCCCAUCUUAGAGCGAAAACUGAUUAGAGUUUGUCCAGAGAAGUGUCCUACUCCAUCCAGUUUUAAGCUCUUAUGAGGAGUGUGUGUUUCUCAUACCAUAUUGGUAUCAUGAUCCACACAGACAUAAGCAUCCAAGAGAAGGAGGAAGUGAGAGAGGGAGAGAGAGAGUGUGUGUGUGUGUGUGUGUGUGUGUGUGUGUGUGUGUGUGUGUGUGUGUGUGUAUACAUACACAUCUGUGCUGAGUCAGCACCUCAGUUUGUUAGGAUAUGGUGUUUUUCCCAGCACUAUGUGACUUAUGAUCUAGCCACCAGAAUUCCUACCUCCUCCUAGUCGUCAAAUUAAUUCUUCGGCUCUUCACUCUUCUCUGCUCUCACAGAGGAAUCUUAAGCAGAUGAAGACAAUGGAAUUAAAGUGUCCCUAGGAGCCACAGUUGUCACUUGGCUGGUAGAGCACAUGCUUGGCAUGCACGGAGCCCUGGGUUCAGUAUCCAGCACCUCGUAAGCCAGGUGUAGCUCGUGCACUCCAAGGGUAGAAGAUCAGACGGGCAAGGUGAUCUUGCAUCUAUAGACUCUUCCUAGUAGGUUUUUAAUUUGUUUUAAAUGACUAAAAGUCUCUAGGGUGUUUCAUUAGCUGUUUUCUCCAUGAAUAAAGUUACUCUAUUUUAAAUUAAA